CACCGACAAGAGAAUUGGCCAGCCAGAUAUACAUUGAAGCCAAAAAAUUUGCAAAGAGUUACGAAUUGCAGCAGUUUAUGGAGGUGCUUCGAAAAAUGGAUCAAUUCAAAGAACUCCAACCUGGUGGAAUAGAGAUACUAGUAGGUACUCCAGGAAGACUUAUGGUCAAAAUGAAAGCAACGAUUUUUCGACGAGUUAGCUUCUUAGUCCUUGAUGAAGCUGACAGAAUGUUUGAUCUUAGUUUUG